CCAGUGCAGGCCAACCUACAGUGCUGUAGAGCUAGCAGGCUAACAUGCUAAAGUAGUUAGCCCUUUCACGUUAUUUGGACUGUUUCGUCCAGAUAAUGUUUAAAAAUACUACAUAGACUAUGAAAACGGGGCGUUUUUCUUUUUAAAAUACAAAGCUCUUUAUUGUUCGAAAGUGCGGUCAAAUGCGCACAUUUGAGGUUUUCUGGGUCAAUGUUUGGCAAGUUAGCUAUAACUAAAGUUCGGACGGUGGUUAGCGAAUUAGCGCAGUUGUAAACUUCUGCUUGCUGUUGUUAGUGAUGCAGCUUCGAUGCUGCAGCUUAAACGUUUCUAUCUUGUUAACGAUAUUGUUUAGUAGCUUGCUUCGUUGUUAAAGUGUAUCACCAACAACUCUGCUAACAGCUCAGACACUUACUGCGACUGUAGCGAAAAGGAACAUUUUACUAGUUCGCACUUUUCGUCGCUGCUAAGCUAGCUAGCUACUACUUUGGUUAGCUAGCUAGCUAGCUUGGCUAGCUCCGAAGCUAAAUGCUUCUCCCGAGAAUGGACCUUUUGAGCCACCAAUUUAUGGAUAAAAUGAACAACAACAUCGGAAGACUUCACUACGAUUCAUAUGAUGAUGAUUCAGGGGACUCCAGGAUGCACGCUUUGUCCUCUUCAGUGGGAAGCAGCAGGACAGGCACACCGAUUAGUCCAGUUAAAAGAAAGUAUGAUGAUGAACAAGUUGGAAACAGCCACGACUACGACACUGAACAAAUGGCAAAAAUGAGUCGCCUACUUACAUCUCAUCUGGGAGCUCCUUCCAAUGGAGAUAGUAGGCAAGAACCUUGGAAUCACUGCCCCAACGCUUUUGAGCACGCCUCCUCUGCCAUCAGUGGCCUCCAUGGAAACCGUCUGUAUGCUCCCUUUCCUGUUUUUGCAAUGGAGCAGCCGCUCGCGUUGACCAAAAACAGCAUGGACACUGCUAGGUCCAAUCUUCUCUCACCACUUGGCUCUGCAGAACGUCAGCAGAAUCGUCCUUCUGUGAUAACAUGUGCCCCUGCGAGCAACCGCACAUGCAAUCUCUCGAACUGUCACAUGUCUCCGAAUAGUGGCAGCUCUGGAGUGACUAACGUAAAGAGCAAGACUAAUGCUAACACUGUCUGUGACCCUGUGAUAGAAGAGCAUUUCCGUCGCAGCCUAGGCAAGAUCUACAAGGAGCCAGAGCCGGCCUCUAACUCUGUGUCCAUCACGGGAUCUGUGGAUGAUCACUUUGCCCAGGCGUUGGGUGAGACCUGGUUGCAGAUCAAGGCGAAAGGCAGUGGCUCCGGAAGUCCUGAGUCUACUUCAUAAAGGCCAAGUAUUCCCCAAAGAAACCUGUUGAACCAUGGUUGGUUUUUCCUGUGUUAAGGCUUUUUCACACCAAGUCUGGGUGUUGUUUUUUGUGAGUAUGUGGAAAAUGUGUCAAAAUUACAGUUCCACUUUUUUGUUGUUUUUUUUUGUUUUGCUAAGCAGGCAGUGUUUGAGUGUUGCAUCUUCAGAUGUUCUAGUAGGCUUUUGAUUUGUAUAAGUAUCUUUUUUUUUCCUCACAGUUUUUUCUUACAUAAUCUGGCAACAAGACCUCUGCUGAAUUUAGAAACUGUGGCUUAAAACUGUCAGUGAAAAUGUAGCCUUACUGAGUCAGGCUUGUAGAAAACCCAGAGACUAAGUUCUGUAAAAGAACCACUUACCCCAGUGGUUCCCAAUAUUGGAUUACUUAUGCCUUACAUAUUUCAUAGUGAUGCUAAUUACUUUCCUUUAUUACAUUAAAAUACUUUAUAAAAAGCCAGCAUCAGAGAACAAUAGAAAAUAAAGGCACUGAACAGUUAAAGGAACAAAUAAUGUGAGUAAAAAUUACUAUAAUGAGUAAAACAAGGAACUGUAGGUCAACAAAACAUAAAAAGUGGGUUUUCCCUGAUCUAACACAACUGCCCCUACUACUCAAUUAACAAGUGCUUCCUGAGUUGAAGUUGGUGUAUUUAAGAGCAGAGAAAAUGAUCAAGUUUGCAAGGCAGGAACCAGGAUUGGGAACCAGUGGACUGCACUGUAGAAUGAAGAGCUUAAAUGAUGUAGAAGCUCAGUUAUGUGCCAUUAGAAGUUGGUUAGUUCUAUACCUGUCUGUGCGGCGAAGCGAUACCAGUGAUUUAAGUGCUCUCUGGUUAAAAGGGAAUUCCACUGAUUUGUUCAAAAUUUCUUCAUAAUUUCUUCAUAAUUCAAUAGUUAAGACGUGAUGGUUUGAUGUGAAAUGGUUAAUUGUGGAGAAUCUUACUGACUCAGAUUUCUUUACAGUGGUGGUGAUGGGAACUGGGCUCACAAUGUCUACAACACAAAUAUAGCCAUUUUAUUUACUAUCACCAGUGAACAUACACAAGUCUUCCAAGUUUUUUAUGUAAUGCUGAUAAUGGUGAAGAGUAGUAAAUAUGAUGUUCUUUGGAGACUAUUUUAAAAAAACUUGCUGUGAGGGAGCUUUAAGAGGUAGUAAACUCUGCAAAUGUCUCGUUUCUGUCAACAUUGGUAUAAAUUAUUCUGUCUGGGCAAGUUUCUUUAGAAUGACACACUUCACAUCACUCUGAAUGACAUCUUCAGCUUUUAAUUAUGCAGAACGUUUUGAAAAUCAGUGAGUUUUCACUUUAAUGAAAUAGUUGAAAAUCUCCAUGCGUAGUCAAGGAAAUAGGAAAUUUUGCUCGUAACACCUUCUUUUUGCAGAAAAGAUCUGAUCUUUUCUGGAUCUCACAUCAUAUUCAUAUAGGACUACCCCCUGAAUGUCCUUAGAGCAUUGGUACCUCAUGCAACUAUUAGGAUGCAGUUUGAAAAGGACAUAAUAAGGGUGGACAACCAAAGUCGAGACAAGUGCUUUAGCUCUGUGUUCCAGAAUGUCACUUUCAACUGUGCUUCUUUUAUCUUCUUUCAUCUCCAUGUGACCUACAUGUUUCCAGAAGUCAAAUUUCUCCUCUGUAAUGCUAAUUAUUCACUUAUUUACCAAGGAGAUGAGUGCUGGAAACUGAAAUUUCCUUUCAUAUCUCCUUAAGUGGAAUAAGUCAUCACUUACUUUAGUGUAUCUUUUGCAGAAGAGGGUCACAUGGUUGGAUGACACCCAUGAACAGUGUCCAUGCAUUCACUAAACAGAAUGUCCCAAUACUCCGUUGACCAAAGUGGAAAAAAAGGUUUUGGGGAUUCUGCCAGCAUCUGGAUGUUGCUGUUUAGUAAAUGUUGGUAAUGUAGACCGUUAUGCUACAUGUGGAUGUGUAAUGUGCUUUCUCUGUAGCCUAAACCUGAAACACUACAAGAACUUUUUCAGAUCGAUUGAUUGGCGGUCGUGUUCGGCCAUACUCUUUGAUGUGUGGGAUGUAGUUGGCUAGAAUAUGCAGCAGUGUCCCCUGUACUGAAGGAAAUAUGUGUUUUCUUGAUGCUCCUGUUAGAGGGACAACUUCAGCCUUUUGUCACAUGGUUUUAGAGGAUUGUCUUGCUAGUUGGGACAUGGUGUGAAAAAAAAAAAUAAAAAAAAAAGGGAAAUUCGAACAAUAGCAGGGCAUGAACAAUUUUGAGUAGCAUCUGGUGUUGGUAUCUUGUACGACUUGCAAGCAAUUUGGUGAUAGCCGAUGGCGUUAUAGGAAUUCCACAGAAUUUUCUAGUUUUCUGCAUAAUUAAAUCACUGAGACGUAAGCAAUAGUCAUUCAGAAGGGCGUGAUUUGAAAAGAAAAAUGUGAAACUUUUGUUUUUCUGUUUUUUUUUGGGGGGGCGGGACUCUUGCCUUAAAAGUGUGUUUUAUACCAAAAAUCUUAGCAAAAAAACAGUCCAAAUAGCAUCCAGGCAUCAGGCAGUUUUAUAUAAUUUUAUGUAAUGAAAUGAUAACGUACGGUACCUUUUAGAGGUUACAGAUGUCUGGUUCCUGUCACCACCACUGUGAACAAUUCUGAAGUUUUUGUCGAAACUGCAUCAUUUCAGUCAUCCACUCUGAAUGACUUUGUUUACAUCCUAAUCAUUAAAGUAUGCAAAAUUAUUCAAAUCAGUGGAAUUUCCUAUCAGGUAGGCCUACCAAAGAAGUCUUUUACCAUUUUGGCUGUGUUUUUUGUGGCACACUUUGGUCCCCGAGUAGAUAUUUGCUCUCAUGUGUUGCAAGUUAUGUGUAAAUUAGAUAAGCCGUUUCGCAUUAAUAGGUUUGAGAAAUUGCAGAUUCUGUGAUUGAGUCACGUUUUUUGUUUGUGUUUUGAAAUUGUGGAGUGCUUUCUUUAAGUGAUACACAUUUUUGUAAACACUGAGUGAGAGACAUUUAAAAAGUAUUGUUAAAUGAGUUAAUCCUUAGAAAAACUUAAGUCAUGCAGUAUCCACUGUUUUGGUAUGUCUAAACCCUUGCUAAGCCAUCUUGUGCUUAGGACCAAGGACAUACUCAAAUGCUUUAAUAUACAGUCCCCACCCUGACGUAUGCAUACAAACUAUUCAUACACUAUUUGUAUUUUUAAAAAAAAAUACUCUGCUUACAUGCAUAUUUCCGAUAGCUGGUAUCUAUUACAGACACUAUCUUUAUACUGUUCAUUCUUAGAUUCUGUUUAUUUUUAUCAGUAGAAAGUCCUGCUGCUGGAACAGUAUACUCAAUAUAUUUUUUUAACAAAUUUCUUUAGAUAUGUUGGCACCUAGCUUUGAAGCACAGCCUCUGGAAAGGCAUCUAAAUGCAGUAUACAUGGCUCGGAUGAUUUUUGUUUUUUUAUUAAUUCAACCGUAAUACAGAUGUCUAAAGCUUCUUAACAGGACUGAGGUAGAUGAUCGUCUGUAUAGUGAUCCACUUACAGCUGUUCUCAUUACGAUGCCAAUCAUAUAGCUUUUCUUUACACUGCAGUGAUGUAAUCUGUAUGCAACUAGGCCUAUAUUUAACAACCUCUUUGGGGUAUUUUUGUGCAAAGACAGCAUAUGUACCUUCCUUCCGGAGCAGUACAGCAUUUUCCCCUCCCUGAAAAUCGUAGAGAGAGGGCGUAUCAAAAAAUCAUGCUUGGUCAGGCUUUCUCCCCGUGUGCAACAUUUUGAUUUAUGCAUUUUUCCUUCUGUCUUUUCUAAUUAAAGUAAGAUUCUCAGUAUGUGUAUAGUUAAAGGUCUCUAGUAUUAGAUUUUAUGCUCUUUCUGACGUAGAAUGAGUCGUUUGUUUAGCGGCCAUAAAAUGUUUCCUGCUUUACAUACAUUACUGUGCAAAAGUCAGAAACCACUCUUUAUUUAAUUUCCAAUGUAAAUGGCAAGUACAAGUUAUUAAUUUUUCUGUGUCAAAAAUGCAUGUUUGUACCAGAAAAGUAUACAGAAGCUUCAACAACUAAUACAAUAGUAAAAAUAAAAAGUCAGUAUGAAGUAUGUCCACCAGUUUUUGUAAGAAAUCUGACACAUUUGGUGGUCUACCAGGUCUUGCAUGGUUGUUAGGAGUCUCAUUUUGUCAUCAUUCAUUCAGUCUUUUAAUUUGUUUUAACUCUAGUUUUCCUUUGACUUUCUCCUUCCUUAUGGAAGUGGAUUAUCUUAUAUCUAAUCUCCUUAAAAAUAUAUCCAGAAAAAUAAAUAACUUGUACUUAAUGGCUGUUUUGACUAGAAAAUAAAUAAGUAAAGGGUGGUAAAGUAAUUUGACAUUGACUUUACACGCCAAAGCAAAUACUAAUUCCUCUGUUUUUUUUUCAGACUUGCCUGUUUAUUCUAUAGCAAAUAAUUCAAAUUAAUUUUUUUUCCGUUUAAUAUAAAAUGACCAUCAUUACGCAGUGCGUGAUGAAUGACCAGUUUUUUUUUUCUUUUUGACAUUUUAAACUACACUUCACUUUGUCUACAUAUUUAAUAUCCAUUACUCGUUUCGCAUGCCUAUCUCCCCCCCCUCUUUUCCUCCUUAAAAAAAGUUGAUCUUUUUUUUUCCAGAGUACCUGUCAAAGGUCAGUUGACUGCCAAAAUAGUUUGGUGCAAAGUAUGAAGAAUAUUAGUUGUCAGUUUGUUUCUUUUUGGUGAUUAGAGGCCGCUUCCGAAUCAUGUGUUUGACAUGGUUUGUCCUACAUGGAAAUGGUUGAAAUGGCAGAGGCUGCGUCCUCGCUUUUAAGAGUUAUGUUAAAAAGAAAUAGUCAGAAUAUUAUAGCUAGUCUAUAUGUAACUCUAUUUACUUUUUGGCUUUAUUUUUUUCUUACAAGUGCCACUUUUGUAUUCAUUAAACCUGAGAAAAAUAAAAGAAUCUUUUAACAAA